AACCCUAUAAAACCAAGCAUAAAAUCUAGCAACUGAAUGGAUUCAUUGAGUUUCGGUCAAAAUAAUUCGACAACAAAUUGUCCGUCCUGCAACAUACAAAGUAAUUAUAGCAAAAAUGACAAAUUGCAUGGUUAUGUGUGUGAUUGUAAAAUAUAUGGUGUGCAACAGAUGCAACUUCGACGUCUGAAGACAGAUACUCCGAGAGAAAAAAAAGACGCUAAAUAUUACGAAAAGAGAAAGAGGAACAACAUGGCGGCUAAAAAGUCCAGAGAGGCCAAACGUAGAAGAGACAAUGAAAUGGCAUUGAAAUUAUUUCUUUUAGAAAAAGAAAAUAUGUUGUUAAAGUUCCGACUAAGCACGGUAUCCGAAGAGCUUGAAAUUAUAAAGAGAACAAUAGUUUUUUAUAAUACGAAUCAAGUUAUUUGGACAAAUAACGCCUUACCACCUUUUCAAAAAAAAUAAACUACUAGAUUAGAAAGUCUAAAAAUGUGGAUAUCAGUAAUGCAAUUUAUUUAAGAUAUUAUGUCGGUUUAACAUAAUAAAGUAUGUCACUAUUGCAAUAUAAUACGCAUGUAAUAUUUUAAUUAUACAAUUUUACAAUGUUACCUACGCAUGUAAUUUAAUAAUAAAUUUCAAUUUAGUAUUUACGUACAUUUUUUACUACUGUUAAUUGUUUGAGUUAAUUAUAUGUUAAUUUUACUCUAUGAUCAGAGCAUAGAACUUAGAUCAUACACAAUAUGAUCUACAGUAAGGCAUAGAACGAUAAAUUAGAGGCGAUCUCAUAAUCACUCAACUAUUCGUCUUUUAUCUCCAUGAUAAGGCAGGAGUUUAUUAUCUAUAUAGGCGCGGUUAUCAUCUCCAGUCUCGGCAUUGAUAACAAAUUAUAUUAUUUUUAAAUUUUUAAACUUUCAAAGUUUCAAAUAGUUCAAAUUUGGUUUGCCGAAGUAAUCAAUACAAUCGAUUAGUUACUACUUACUUUUAAUACAAUAACCUUACUUGUUAGCCCUAUUGAUCAACAUUAUCGUAUGAAAAUUAAUAGUAUCUACCUUACUAAAUAAAACAUGAUUAUUUAAAUUUUGGGAUUCACAAAUCUGAAAUCU